AUGGCGGCCCUGCUUCUCGGGCUGCUGCUCUUUGCCAUGCAUUCCCCCACCGUCCCCUCAUCUGGGCCACUGGUGGAAGCCGAGGGACCGCCUAGUGCCUUUUCUCCGGCAGACAACGGCACAGCGGGCCACCCCAACGGGACUGCUCAGCAGCUCCCACGCAUCAUCAUCAUAGGCGUGAGGAAAGGCGGGACACGAGCCUUGAUUGAGAUGCUGAGCUUGCACAGCUCCGUGGCGGCGGCCCAGAAUGAGGUGCACUUCUUCGACUGGGAAAGUCACUUCCAGAAGGGCUUGCCUUGGUACCGCAGCCAGAUGCCAUUCGCCUUCCCCAAUCAGAUCACAGUGGAGAAGACGCCUGCCUACUUCACCUCCGCCAAAGUCCCCAAGCGGAUCCACCAGAUGAACCCGGAUGCCAAGCUGCUGCUCAUCCUCAGGGACCCCACGGAGCGCGUGCUAUCGGACUACACGCAGGUUUUUUACAACCGGCUCCAGAAGCACAAACGCUACCAGCCCAUCGAGUCGGUGCUGGUCAAGGACGGCGAAAUCAACCUGGGCUACAAAGCGCUUAACCGCAGUUUAUACUAUGUGCACAUGCAGAACUGGCUGCAGUAUUUCCCACUAGAGAGCAUCCAUGUGGUGGACGGCGACCAGCUCAUCAGGGACCCCCUGCCUGAGAUGACGAAGGUGGAGCGCUUCUUGAGGCUGGAGCCGCAGAUCAAUGCCUCCAACUUCUACUUUAACAAGACCAAGGGAUUCUACUGUUUGCGGGAGCACGGGAGGGAGCGAUGCUUGCAUGACUCUAAGGGCAGGGCACACCCUCGCGUAGCCCCCGCCAUCCUGCAGAAACUCUACCAGUUCUUUCACCAACCCAAUAGGAAGUUCUUUGAGCUUGUGGGUCGAACGUUCGACUGGAAGUAA